AUCAAGAAUCGUUUAUUGUCCGCUCUUCGUUACUUCAUUCUAGCUGCCGCAUCUACGGCCUGCACGCCACACCGGCUACUGCGCACCCUUGUCGAACUUGCCGACACGACAUGCAGAACCAAGGAGAUUUUACCGAUUUUGUGCUUCUUUGCCCGGCCCAAUUCACCGACAACAAGAAGAUGUUGACACUUGAUGCUUCCAGACAACGGCAGACGGCCUAUGUCCCAAAUCUCACAAUGGAGACCGCUCUGAUUGACCCUUUCGCCUUCCCGAUGGAUGGCAUGUGUGAUUAUGGACAGACACUUGAUGCUUCCACCUCGUUGCAACCAACCUAUUAUGAUGCUUCUUCCAUGUACUCGGACGCUUUCGCUCCUCUGCCCAAGACUGCAAACUUCCCUCUGAUGCCCCUCACGCCUCCUUCCCUCCCUCUCUCCGCUGACCUCUUCAUCCCCGGUCUCUCUACUGCCUCUGGACCCUCAAUUGCGAGUGCUUCAUCCUCAGCCGCAGGAUCGCCUCACUCAGGAACAGCCCUUCCCUUUCAAGAGGACUGGAUUCACACUACUAACGGCUUGGGACUUGCCGAUGCUGUUAUGGGCGAAUUCUUUCCUAGCGACUAUUAUGGUGGAGUCACGGACACGGAUGCUUUCUCCCCAAAGAAGUGGCUCGGAGGCUGCGUCGAUCCUUCAGUAAUUCAGCCUACUUCCCAACAAUGCCAUCUUUCGCCCCCCGCCAUCUCCUUCUCUGAGCCGUCCGACUACAUGGUCGUCCAGGACAGCUUCUUCCCUCUAUCUCCCAAUCCAUCUCACUACCAGCUUGAGGAGACCUACCCCACGACGCAGCCGCUUACACAACAGCAAGCUGAAUUCUCGGCUGCUUCACCAUUUUCCUCCGCUCCUCGUUCCCUCCCUGUCCCUGCUUAUCAGCGAAGGUCAUCUGUGACUUCAAUUCAGUCUCGCCAGUCCCAGUCAAGCCCGGCAUCAAGCCACUCCGAGUUGGAUGACGACACGAAGGAGAAGGGUCGAUGCCCGCAGCCUGAUUGUGGACGAGUUUUUAAGGACCUCAAGGCCCACAUGCUUACCCACAAAUCCGAGAGACCCGAGAAGUGUCCAAUUGCAACAUGCGAGUACCACAUUAAGGGCUUUGCACGCAAGUACGACAAGAACCGACACACCCUCACCCACUAUAAGGGUACGAUGGUCUGCGGAUUCUGCCCUGGAUCCGGAUCACCCGCCGAAAAAAGUUUUAACCGGGCCGAUGUCUUCAAACGUCACCUCACUUCAGUGCACGGGGUUGAGCAGACGCCACCAAACUGCCGCAAGCGAACCCCUGUGGCAUUGACCACCAAGAACGCGUCAAUGCAUAGCCAAGAGGCUACGGGCAAGUGUUCCACAUGUUCUAUCACCUUCAGCAACGCACAAGACUUCUACGAGCACCUGGAUGACUGUGUGCUUCGUGUGGUGCAACAAGAGGAGCCUAGCGAAGCCAUCAACCAGAAGCGGCUUGCCGAGGUUGAGGCCGAUGAAGAGGUGCAGAAGACUAUGGAGAAACACAUGCUGCUCGACACGGCUGGCACCGUAGUUCGAUACAGCGAUGAAAAUGAUGACGACGAAGACUUCUACGAGAGCACCAAUCAGCAAUUGGCGAAGAACCUCCUCAAGGUCCCCCGAAGCAAUCCCGUUGUCGGUACUGCUCGCGUCAUUCUGGGCAGCGGCAAUGCUGUCAGUAAACCCUCGGUCAGCAAUAAGAUGCGUGCAACGGCGACCAAGCGGCGGAACAACCGGGACCGAUACCCCCAAUCGUGGGGCUGUCCUAGCAGCAGUAUUAAAACCAAGAAGCGCGUCCUCUGUGUCUUCGACGGCCAACGCCGUCUAUGGAAGGAUGAGAUGAUGCUUGAUAACGAGUUCGAAGUCAGACUCAAGCUCCCGGGUGGUGCCGGGGACGGCACCAACCGGGAGGCAUACGUGACCGACCUAGACGUCGAGACUUUGAAGCGCGCUGAGGGCGUGCUGAGUGCCAACGACGAAGAGCGCGGGCCGUGGCUCAGCGGCCCCUCAACGCAAUUGAUCGGUCAACCAGCCAUUCCCUUGCCCGAUGUUGCCUAUGCGCAUGAGGACCAUUAUUUCGACCUCGACGAGUUAAUGCCCUGAAAUGCUUGGAUAUAUUCUGUAUGCCCUUCUGUCCUGUAUUCUGUUUCUUUUUCGUUUCUUGUUACAGUCUCAGCAUUGCGUACCUGUGUCUUUCGGAAAGCGAUCGGAUUG